AUGCAGCCGAACAUUGGCGAAGUUUACUGUCUCGCAUCCGGAUGGGAUCACGUGUUUGAGAGGCGAAGACAGCGUCAUUUAAUAUCGUGCACCGAACUGGCGCACCGGUAUGCUUUCGUUGAGCACAACCCUCUCUACGACAGCGGCGACCAGGGCAGUCCGUCAGACCUGACGUGGGUCCGGGAGAGGCUUAUUCUUGGUAACCGGAGCAUUCACGAAAUACGACUGGUGGCACCAAGAAAUGUGGCCUAUGUAGAAACCUAUAGGAUGCGUGUGGUGACGCCCUAG